GCUCGCGCAUGUGAGGGAAGGCCGGCCGCACGCCGCCCCGCCUGCCCGCCGCUUCCGGUCGGCGGCGGACUCUGCCCCGCGGGUCCUCCUCGCCGCAUGGCUCCGCUGCGCUUCUCGGCCAACCUGUCCUGGCUGUUCCCCGAGCUCCCCGGCCUCCCGGCGCGGCUCCGGGCCGCGGGCAGCUCGGGCUUCCAGGCCGCCGAGGUGGCCUGGCCGUACGCGGAGCCGCCCGAGGCGCUGGCGCGCGCGGCGCGGGGAGCGGGGCUGCAGUUGGUGCUGAUCAACACGCCCCCGGGAGACCAGGACAAGGGGGAAAUGGGGCUGGGGGCCGUUCCUGGGAGACAGGCGGCCUUCCGAGAGGGGCUGGAGCAGGCUGUGCUGUACGCCAAGGCUCUGGGCUGUCCCAGUAUUCACCUGAUGGCUGGCCGAGUACCCCACGGGGCCGAUCGAGCAGCAGUCAAGAGUGAGAUGGAGACAGUUUUUCUGGAGAACCUGAGGCAUGCAGCUGGGGUUUUGGCUCAGGAGAACCUCAUGGGACUGCUGGAGCCCAUUAACACCCGUAUCACUGACCCCCAGUACUUCCUGGAUACGCCACAGCAGGCGGCGGCCAUCUUACGAAAGGUUGGAAGACCCAACCUCCUAUUACAAAUGGACAUAUUCCACUGGCAGAUCAUGGAUGGGAACCUGACAGGAAAUAUCCGGGAGUUCCUGCCUAUCGUUGGGCAUGUACAGGUGGCACAGGUCCCAGGCCGAGGGGAGCCCAGCAGCCCUGGAGAACUGAACUUCCCCUAUCUGUUCCAACUGCUGGAGGAUGAAGGCUACAAAGGCUUUGUGGGCUGCGAGUAUCGGCCUCGAGGAAACACAGUAGAGGGCUUGAGUUGGCUACGUUCAUACUGGGAUAAGCAGGGUCGCCCCCCGGCUGGCCAGUGAGGUCUUGCACACUACCCACAUGCCCCUCUGGAACAGUGAGUGAGCAUCCACCUCUGAAUUAAAGAUGACAUGCUAAAUGUU